AUGGGCAUUAACGCCAAGCUUGUUUGGGCAACAAGCAGACACUUGGGCUGUGGUGUCUCAUUUUGUGAGAAAUCAGCGGGGAGGACACCUCAUCCUUGGGCUAAAGAAGCCACUGUUGUUGUGUGUGAUUAUGCACCAGGAGGCAACCUUAUUAAUGAAUUCCCGUACCAAAUAGGAAAGCCAUGUUCGAAAUGCGCUUCUGGGAAAGGAUUUUGCUACAAAAACCUUUGCAGAAAUUGCGAUGAUUUUGACAGGGAAUGUGGCAGAUCUCUCACGUUGAAGAUGUGUACAGGUUUCAAGGAUUUCAUGGCCAAGAAAUGUCCGAAAAUGUGCAAUUUAUGUGAAUGUCCUUUGGAAUGUCAACAUGGCGGGAAACUUAACGCUGUUAUGUGCACAUGCGCGUGUCCUCCUGGUUACAAGGGCUUGGACUGUUCAGAAAUCAAGAGCUGUCCUCCUGGAUACUUUGGUGAACACUGCCAAUUUCACUGUUUCGACAUGGCUGGUCCAGAGGUGUGUCAUUGGAGAAUAAGCAAUGGCCAUGAUUGUAGUGCCCGUUAUAUGCAGCACGACUGCGCAGCCUCCUGUGGAAUUUGUGGGUCUCACGUUACUCAGUCCUUGAAGCCUCCUCAGCUACCUGCAACACCCAAACCUCUCGUGGCCGGAACUAAAAUGCAUCCCGCCUAUCUUCCUGCCACGAUACCAGAUGCGAAAACACUUGGAAAAGGCUCUACCGUGACAUUAUCCUCUAAUGCCACUGAAUCAAAACCGGCUGUUGCGGCGUCAGUUGUGACAUCCAACAAAAGCACCAACGUAACUCUGAGUAUUGGCCACGUUAAUGCUCCUAACGUGACCAGUGGUCGGCAAGUCACGCUAGCUCGGAGUUUCACAAACGUGACCGUUGGAAGGGCAGACCAAUUGAAAGGAGUUCUCGAUAAACUCGUCGCCUUACUAGAUGAACACUCCAGACAUGGGUCGGUAACUAAUUGCAAGAAUGUGAAUCCCUUAUGCACUUUGUGGUCAGCCAUGGGAAAAUGUAAAUACAAGGCCAGGUUGAUGAAAAAGCACUGUUGUGCAACUUGCAAGAAAGUUAUGGAUAUCCCACAACCCAAAGAAUGUAAAGAUAACAGCAUCAAAUGUCCCUUCUGGGCGUUGGCUGGCGAGUGCACAAGAGACCGAAUAUGGAUGCAAGUCAACUGUAAGAAAAGCUGUAAUCAUUGUGGUGUUUGCCAAGACAAAGGACCGAAAUGUGCGGAUUUAGCAUUAUUGAGGAAGUGCGCAGAAGGUGACAAAGGUGUCCACUAUAACGAGAGUUAA